GUUCGGCUGUGACAGUCUGUCAGUUCUUUUUUCACACUGCACUGUUCACAUGGAUGCUUGUGGAAGGAAUAAACCUGUACAUCAAGUUGGUUAAAGUCUUCUCAGUAAAAAGGCAGUACGUUGCAUACUUGGCAAUAGGAUGGGGAGCUCCGGCUGUCAUAGUUGGAUUAAUAUCAGCUAUAAGACCAAGUACCUUUGAUAUGGGAAAGGCUCAGUAUGAGGACAUCAGGUGUGGCUCAUUAAACUUUACCGCUGAGAUACAGCGAACCAGAUGCUGGAUAAAUGGAAGUCUGUGGAUUUAUAAAGGACCCGUCUUAGUCAUACUUGUGGCAAAUAUGGUAUUGUUUGCGAUACUUCUUCGUGUAAUCUUUGGGAAAAUAGCUACCAAGAACAGCAAUGACCACGUGGAAAUCANUGAAAUGCUGGAUAAAUGGAAGUCUCUGGAUUUAUAA